AUGAAACAGUUAGAGCGAUUGAUCCAAUCAAGACGGGAAAAUCUUUUUCAAUCGCUACAAGAAUUCAUCACUGAUGAUAAAUUUGGCAUAUGUGUACUUCUGGAAAUGCUUAAACGAACAGAAUUAGAAAUUGAAAAUAUCGAACAAAUUGAUGGUUUGAAACUUAUUCGACCAAAACUCUUCCCAGAUACACGUGGUUACUUCGUGGAAUCAUAUAAUGAAUAUGAAUUGGAUGCAUUAGGAUUCACGGAGAAAUUUAAGCAGGAUAAUCAUUCCUAUUCGAAACCUGGUGUUUUACGUGGCUUACAUGCACAACCCGGAAUGGGUAAACUGGUAUCAGUUAUAAGUGGUGAAAUAUACGAUGUUGCUGUUGAUAUAAGACCAACAUCGGAAACUUUUGGAAAGUGGCACGGUGUUGUUCUAAAUGAAGAAACACGAACAGGUUUCUGGAUACCAGAUGGGUUUUUGCACGGAUUUUAUGUUUUAUCGGAAAAAGGAGCUCAUAUAACAUACAAAUGCACGGCGAUAUACAACGCAAAUGUGGAAUUUGGUGUAAAUCCAUUUGAUCCAGAAUUGGCUAUCGAUUGGCAUAUAAGUGAUCAGCGCGAAUUAAUUAUUAGUGAUCGAGAUCGAUGUCAUCAGAAUUUGAAGUGUUUAUCAUUGAAAAGACAAUGA